AUGACCCCGCAACGCUUCGAGCAACUCCUGCGCGCCUGCGAGGUCCACGCACAAGCGCGCGUCAACUUGUGGAAUUAUCGCGUAUAUAACAACCUCGCGUUUCUGCCAUGGGUAGAGUCCCGCUUGGAGGCGAUCCUAUCGCCCGUAACACGUCUGCCACCGGAAAUUCUGACCGAGAUCUUCAGGCUCGUCGCCGAGCUUGAUCCUCCGCGGUGCGCUUUCGCCGAGGACGAGGGCCAUAGCUAUUGGUAUCGUUCCAUGGGAUGGAUAAGCCUCAGCCAAGUCAACCGUCGAUGGAGAUACCUCUGCUUGGGCACGCCCGACCUGUGGGCACCCUAUAUCACUCUUCAUCCAGGCGUCACAGAGCUCUUCCUGGAACGCGCUGGGCACAGCACGCCAUUAACCAUUGAUAUCGAACCCAACAACCCUCUGGCGUUCGACGCGGAUUUCGCUCGUCUCGUGUCGACCAAGCUCAUCGAACGCGUGAGAAAGUUGGUUUGGUGCACACCUGAUGCGCCAAUUAUACGGAUGUUGCUCGAUGCACUUCAAGGCGAAGCAAGUCUGACAUUGCUGGACUUUCUACACAUCGAGAAACGAGGCUCCCGGGAAGAAUACCUGUUUCGCCAGAACUACGGCGUCGGCCACAUCGACCUACCCAAUGCGACCGACGUAGGCCUCCAUGACUGCUUCGUCCCCUUCAGCGCCCCUCGGCUCGUCAGCCUCGACCUCUCCAUGCUACCGAUAGCGUGCGCCCAUCUCUUUGAUACCCUGCGAAGAUGUCCAAACUUGGAGUUUUUGGAACUCGUGGAGGGUAUCUUCUACGGCGAUCUCACCGGCUGUGCGCCCGUCGCGCUACCGAGACUCCGAUGCUUCGAAUUCAUUGGCUUUGCGGACGAGGAUACGCUACCUGGUGUAUACAGCUAUAUCCUCAGGCAAUUGAUACUACCCGCCUCGGCCUUCUUGUCCCUCGACUUGAACGACCGGCCCGGCGACCCAGAAGAGUUCGACCACUUCGUGCCCGCCGUACGCUCACUCUGGCGCGCGGACCCGCCCUCAGGGCUCAAGAUCGGCCACCGCGGCCACCCCGAUGGCGCGCUCAUCGAGUUCUUCUCCGGUGUAUCUCACGAUCCGACGAAACCGCACUACGAAAGUUGGGCCGCAGAUUUCUGGAAGGCCGAGCGCCGCGCCGAGUUUCGCGUCGCGGACUCGGCAAAUGGCCUCGCGCGAGCGAUCCAUACGGGGUUGGAUAUACGUGCGGAGCUGGCCGCGAUCGUAUAUCUCUCGGCCGAGAUGGAAGCGUUCGACUUGGAGGGCUGGGUCCGUAUCUUUCGGGCUUUGCCUAAUCUGCGCACGUUGCAAUUGAUCCGCGAAUCCGUGGAGGAUGAGAGCGACUGUGAUGAGGGUGGAAGCGAUGGUGGGGAGAUGGGCGCGGCGAGAGCGGAUGAGGCUGUGGACGUGUUCACCGCACUCGGGGUUCCCCUUGCAGUCGCGUAUGGCUCCUCGGACACUUCGUCCGCCUCUGCUGCCCCACUCCUUCCACGUCUGAACAAUCUCUGGCUUACCCAGUACGGCAAAGAGCACGGUACACAUGGCCGGUUCGUCCUCAAGCAUUUGGCCGCGGCCGUCAGGAAACGCGCCGAGCUCCGUGCGCCGGCUUUGACGAGUCUGAGGCUGGACCUUGUCGAUGAACCUAGAGAGGAGGAAGGGGAGGCCGGAGGAUGGGGAGAUAAGUGCGUGUUGAGUCGGUUGGUUGAGAGUGUUAGGUGGAGGGGACGUUAG